AUGCAAUUCUCUCCGGGUGUUUUGGUGCUGGUGCUGGCUCUGUUUCAUUGCUCCCCAAAGGCAGCAGCAACUGUGGUUGAAGACUUUAACCACGUAGAGCGAUGCAAGGACUCCUUAUACAUGGGAACCCCACCGCGGGGAAUCAUUGACGUCAAACUGAAAAAGAUAUGUCAGCGCUAUGCAGACAAGCCGCGCUACGUGACCUUGUAUGACCCUCAGAAACGGAUCCCGGUCUAUUCAGCCUACUCGUUCAAGAAGACAGAGGGAGACCGUCGUGUGGACUACCCCUGGAUGUAUGAGCCCCAGCUAGCAGAGGUUGACGGUAACGGAAACAUGCUACCUUUCCCUACUGGCUACCUACACAUGAAAUUUGAGGACAGCCAGGCAGUUCUGGAUGACUACUCUGAUGUUGUCCUGUACGAGAGAGGUCACUUAAACCCGGACCAGCAUCAGUCUGACCCCUACGACCGUGCCGCCACCUACACCCUGACCAAUGUGGUGCCAGAGAUCAGGGAGUUCAACAUCGGGCCGUGGCGUGAGCACGAGGAACGCAUCCGCGUCCGCCUGAACAACUUCUGCCGUGGAACGGCCUUCAUCGUAACCGGGGUGACGACCACGGGUCACAUGAUCCGUCGGAACAACCAAGACCGGGUGGCUAUCCCGGAGGACGUGUGGUCCGCCUACUGUUGCACCGACUACGACCGCAACUCCCCCCAUGACGUCCGCAUCCGAUUCCCCUCCCAGGGAGCCCUGGCCAAGAACGCCAAGGAAGGCAACGCGGUCCAUGAGAUGCCGGUCCAGGAACUGGAGAACUUCCUGAAGAACCGGAUGGACGUGGACCAGAACCUGCAGAUCUUCUAUGACAACUGCAUCUCUCCCUCUCCUCUUCCUCUAUAUCUCCACCACACCAUUUAGGCUCUGUUCAGCAACUCCAACAGACAACCACAGUGUGUUUUCAGCUUUGCCAAAGCUCCAUUAUAGCUCCAUUGUCCUUUGCCUUUUUUGGACUUGACAUAAUAGUGCCUGCAAUAAAAUUCUGUUGGCUCAGUGCACUCAUAGUUUGGAAUCAGAAGUAUAAAAUUCUCGGGCAGUUUGUUAUGUUUUCUGUUUGUGACAGAACAUUCAUAGUGCUUUGACAAAGCUUUCAUUGUCAAAGAUCUGCCAUUUGAAGCAAUCUAUAUUUAUCUCCCUGCCAUCGGUUGCUUGGCCUCUAUCUGACUCUGCAUAAAACCACUAUUGGCAUUCAAAGAAUGGUUGCCUUUGUUGCGCCAUUCAUGGAGACGUGUUAUCUGCUCGUAGUUGACAACGUUAAUGUAAAAUGCACUAUACCAUCAAAGGUU